AUGGCAUUAUGUUGCUCCGGUGAAUAUAAUCAAGAGAUGUGUGUCACAGGUGUAGCCCGCGACAUUCCUCUCCAUGUCACAAAAUCUGACAAAGGACCUGGUGGCAUAAAUAUAGAUGAGCAAGUGCAAAUGCGUAACGCAGUAAGUCUCACGCGAUUGGAUAUUGAGAAGGUACCACAAAUCUCCUCUCCCAAAAAGGACAAGAAUCUAUGCUUCGCCCAACUAGUCGCCAGCACUCCCGACGCAAGUUUCGCGGACAUAACCACGGAUGAACCAACCAUAGUCGUGAUCCUCAACCGCAAUUUAUUAUCACCUAUGAAACCAUCUCACGCUCCAGCAAAAGAGAUCAAAGGCCCAACCAAGGUGCCAGCCAUUCGACCAAUAGCUGGGAUAAAGUGA